AUGCUCAAUCUCUCCCGCGCAUAUCCUCGGGUACGCACCUAUUAUCUGCUUUUAUCGACCACCCAGGCGGUUGGUCGAAGCAAAGGAAAAAUGUCCCCCAAGGUGCAAGAAAACGGCACCCAACCCAGGAUGGACUCCAAGGGCGACAUGAAGAAGAUAACCUAUGUGGCACCCUCGUUGGUGGAGAGGUUGGUCUACUGUUGGUACAUGUGGGCCAUGAAGGGUUUUAGUGCCCCCUUCAUCUGGUACCGGGACUGGAUGGAGUGGUACUACCCGCCCGAUGGCCGGCCCGAAAUCGUCAAGGCUUAUGAGUGCCGUCCGCAUUUGCCCGUCCGAUUAUUCUUUCCAGCAUCUUAUGACCGGAACUCACAGACUAAGCUCCCUGCUCUGGUGGCCAUUCAUGGAGGCGGCUUCUGCUUCGGCACAGCCAGGGACGCAGAUGAAUGGGCACGCGCGUUUGCCGAUCAGCACUCUACCUUGGUCGUCUGUCCAUCGUACUCCAAGGCUCCCUGGUCACCCUUCCCCGCAGCGCUCAACGACAUCGAGGCCAUCUACAAAGCCAUAGUGGGCGACGAGUCCCUCCCAAUCUCCAAGUCGCAGGUCGCCAUCGCAGGCUGGUCCGCAGGCGGCAACCUCGCCAUGGCCGUGUCCCAGAUGCCCGGCAUCCGCGCUCUCUCGCCCGGCGCGCCCAGCGCCGCCAUCACGAUCUACGGCGCGAUGGAUAUGAGCGUGUCGGCGGCCGACAAGGCCAAGACGCGCUGGUACAAGACCCGCCUGCAGCACCCGCGCGGGCAGACCGAGGACGGGCUCUUCAAGCUCGCGCCGCUCUGCGACUGGGGCUACAUCCCCUUCGGCACGGACCUGCGCCACCCACUCCUCAGCCCCGGGUUUGCCGACGAGCGCAACCUGCCGCCGUACGUGUGCGUCGUGGCGGCGGAGCUCGACAUGCUCGCGCACGAGAGCUGGCGCUUCGCGGUACGCCUGGACAAUGAGCGCUUCCCCGAGCGGCACCGCGACGUGCCCGACCCCGCCAGCGAGGACCCGGAGCUGGCCGUGGCCGGGCGCAAGGCCCCGAGCCGGCGCAGGGGCAGGCUGGAGGAGGAGGACGGCGGCGACGACAGGUUCGGCUGGGAGGACAACGGCGACGGCUUCGGCGUCAAGUGGAUGCUCGUCCCGGACGCGCUGCACGGCUUCGACUGCGCCUCCAUCCGCCUCAUGACGGGCGGCUGGGACGCCGUCAAGGACGCCGAGAUGAAGACCAAGGUCGAGAUUGAGCGGCUGGGGCGGUGGUUGCGCACAAAGGUCUGGAAGAUUGAUGAGGAAAAGAAGAGCACCGAGUCGGACUAA